AUGAAUCAAACUUUACUUAGUCAAGGAGUGCAGGACAAAAACUUGGGUCUAGCUCUAAAAGUUCAGGAAAUGGUUGAAGGGAAAGCCACGCAUGUGGUUCCAGCAGUUCAGGUGGGUGUGGAAGGCUACAAAACGCUUCUAGUUCUUGUCAGGCAGGUAGAUUUGGAGGGCAAGGAAACUAAUCUAGCUAUACCCAAUCAGGUUAUCAAUCAGGAAGUAGUGGAAAAGAAGGUCACAGAUAUAUCUCAGGAAGUCAGUCCUCUGGAUAUGGUCAACAUGAGCCUAGCUCCUGUAGCCAGUCUUCUAGUCAGAGAGGAUAUGGAUCUAGAGCAUGUGGUCAGCCACAGAACUGUGGAGGACAACAGGGAACAAGUUCAAGUCAGUCCUCUUGUUGUGGACAAUAUGAGGCUGGAGUACGUCAGUCUUCUAUUUAUGUUCAACAUGGAUCUGGUUCCCGUGGAUACUCUUCAAAUUCUCACCAAAAAGGGCCUGGUUCAAAUGAAUUUUCUAAAUGUGGUCAACAUAGAUUCAGCUCAGGUCAGUCUCCUGGCUUUGGACAACAUGGGUUUGGACCAGGUCAGUCCUCUGGCUUUGGACAACAUGGAUCUGGCUCAGGUAAAUCCUCUGGCUUUGGACAAUACGGGUCAGGCUCAGGUCAGUCCUCUAGCUUUGGACACCAUGUGUCUAGAUCAGGGCAAUCUGGCUAUGGCCAACAAGGGUCUAGCUCAAGUCAAUCAUCUGGCUUUAGCCAACAUGGUCGGUUCAAGUCGGUCUUCUGGCUUUGGACAACAUGGGUCUAGCCCAGAAGAAUCCAGCAGAAGUGGAAAAAGGAUUAGUCAGAGUGAGUUCAGUGACAGUGAAAGGCAUUCAGGAGUCUCACACAGACACUCAGGAUCCACUCAUGGGCAGGUUGGAUCUCAACAUGGCCAGUCAGGAUCCACAGUUAGAGAGAGACAGAGAACUGUUCAUGGGCAAACUGGAUCUCAACAUGGAGAGUCAGGAUCCACAGGUAAAGGGAGACUGGGAACUGCUCACGGACAGUCAGGAGACACCACACAGUCCAUACAGUCCGCGUCCAAUACAGUUGGAAGACAGGGAUCUAGUCACAGGUCCAGCGACAGUGAAAGGCAUUCGAAGUCUCAGAGACACUCAGGAUCCGUUCAUGGGCAGGCUGGACCUCAACAUGGGCAGUCAGGAUCCACAGUUAGAGGGAGACAGGGAACCGCUCAUGAACAGUCAGGAGAUACCACUAGACACGGCCACUCUAGUCAUAGACAAUCCACACGGUCAGGAUCCAGUACAGCUGGAAGACAGGGAUCUAGUCACAGUGAGUCCAGUGACAGUGAAAGGCAUUCAGAAGUCUCACAGAGACUCUCAGAAUACACUCAUGAACAUUCUGGGUCUGCCCCCAAACAUUCAGUCACUAAUACAAGCAGAGCACAUGAACAUUCAGGAGAUACAUCUAAGCGCUCAGUAUCAGAUGGAGGGCAGAUGUCGACUCAUGAACAAUCAGGAUCCAGAAGUUCAGGGAAAGAGUCACAGAUUAGUGGAAGACAAAGACAUGGAUCAGGUCAAGGGUGGAAACAUGGCAGUUAUGGAAGUGCAGCAUAUGACUAUGGGCAGUCUGGGUAUGGACCUUCUGGGGCCAGCAGAACAAGGAGUCAUAAUUCUAGUCCUUUGAGGUCAACAGAUAGAGCUGCAACCAAGCAAGUGUCUAGACAUGGACAAUCAGUUUCUAGUUUUGACCAUACGGGAUCAAAAGCAACAGAGCAAGAAGACAAGAUUCAAGUCAUGGACAGUCAAAGACAAGGCAGUCAGCUGAUUCCCGUUCACCUAUACUUCCAAAAGAUGUCUACUCUCCUGGAAAACAUCACUGCCAUCAUCAAACUAUUUCACGAAUAUUCAAAAACGGAUAAGGAGACUGACACAUUGAGUGCAAAAGAGCUGAAGGAACUUCUGGAAGCAGAGUUUCAGCCAAUCCUGAAGAAUCCAGAUGACCCAGAUACUGCUGAUGUUUUCAUGCAUAUCCUCGAUGUAGAUCACAACCAUAAAAUAGACUUUACAGAGUUUUUCCUGAUGGUAUUCAAGUUGGCUCAAGCAUAUUAUUAUACCCAGAGACCGAAUUUCAAGACAUUAGGGAAAAAGCAGAAAAAGAAUAGAUACCAUUAUGAAGAUGAUACAGAAGAAGAGGUCCGGUUGCAGUACACAGCAGGUUUCCAGUAUCAGUAA